CUGCAUUUUCCCAUGCCGAUAGAGAGUGCGUAAGGGUCAAAGACCGGGAGAGCCGGAAAGGUGUAAUAUUACUGUAUUGUAUUUAACCGCGCUUUGGCUGCGUACAGAAGUCUGAAAUCUCCUUGCUUUAUAACCAGUCGUCAGGUACAUGGGUAAACGUUUUCGAAAUUUCCGUUGUGUAACUGUAUGCUUGCUGCUCGGCAAACACUUCCACAACUGUUCCUUUUUUUGGUUAAGGACAUGGGCAGCUUAGUUUCCAACGAAGCCGAUAUUGUAUUCGGCAGCAAUUGCCAGUAUGAUUACAAAAAAGAGGCCAUCAUUGGAACAGGAUCAUCGGCGUCUGUCUACAAAGCCUUGGUCACAAAACGUGUAAACUACACCGGAGAAGAGAUGGUGGCUGUCAAAGUGAAACAUCUGGCCGACCCUUCCAUAAUUCCAUCGCGCAAUGCAGAAUAUUAUAAGAAAAUUUUUAAAAAACUACGUAGAGCAGUCGAGCUGGUUAAUCCUCAUAUUGUUACCUACCAUCAGAUUCGCGUAACCAUUGACCUAAAGGGAAUGACAUUCGAAACGAUGAUGGAUUUCUAUGACUGUAAUCUUACCACUCUUUUGAAAGACAUGGAGAAGAAUUAUAGUUAUUUGAGACCAUCCUGGCCUUUGCGACAGAUAUAACAACAGGAUUGUUAUUUUUACACGAUAAAAACAUAAUACACGGAGAUCUACAACCGAAAAAAAUACUUGCAAAAGUUCUGCCGGAUCAUUGCGCUAGGCUUGUCAUCGGUGAUCUGGACGGUGUGCUUCUGAUGCAAGAGAACCACACCUGCUCUGCGGAUGUUUCGACUAUCCGUGGUGCCUUGCGGUACAUAUCACCAGAAAUAUUGAGAAAGUUCAUCUUAUCGGAAAAAGAAACGCCAGGACGAAAAACCGAUAUGUGGAGUUUGGGAUGUAUCAUUCUGGAGAUAGCCGAAUAUUGUUUGGGCAUUACCGCUGAUCAUCUCGAACUGGAUGGGGAGUUUUUCGACGCCGGGCAAGAACUAUCCGCGAUACGGUACGCCGUAGGAAUAAUACGCGGUUACCUUCCUUGCAUUGAUGAUGACAUACCUGAGCCGUUAUCGGAGUGCAUUCGCCGAUGUUUGCAGCACAGCGCCGCUAGCAGGAUAUCUGCUGAUGAAUUUCUACAGAUGAUUACACAGCUGGAGGUACAACCACGGUUUGGAAGUACCUGCACUUACGAAUAUGAUCAUAAAGCUGACUGGAUUGGUCAAGGCGGCUUUGCUACUGUUUACAAAGCAACUAUAACAGUUCCAGAGGAUUAUGAAGGGCCUAACUUAGCAGCGGUCAAGCAAAUCCAUUUGCGGGAAGAAUCAAUCGAAUCACUAAGAACCGAAAGCUUAAAUCGGUGGAGACGAAUGCUCCAGUUCACGCAUAAAAAUAUCGUUAGUUACCACAAAAUUACCAUUGAAAGUGCAGAAUAUGGCAGUAUAAUCGAAGUAAUGAUGGACUACAUCUCAGGUUUUUCCCAACUGGCUGUGUUCCACCGUCUGUAUGUCUGUGCAUUCACUCAUUAGAGUGAGGUAAUUACUAAUCUGCGCAACUUGCCGCAUGCGCGCAUCUUAACAGUGCCAUGCCGAUUUACGUCCGGUGCGUAAGGAAAUGAGGAUCGCUACAAUUGUCGUUGUCACGGUCAUCGGUGUAUCCAUAAUAUCCAUCGCGGUUUUUGGUCCGUACGCGACGGAUCGCGCUGCGCCCGUCUUGGCCAACGCUGUGGUGUCUUCUUGGCGGAAUCCGCUGUGCGCACUGCAUUUGACCCGCGGUUAUUCGUGUCAGCACUGUUCCCUGCACAAUCUCGACCAGAAUUUUCAAAUCCAGCUGACGGCAUCAUUGAGCAACAAGUCCAUCGCGUUGAUCGGUGAUUCUCGGAUUCGCUACCUGUUCGCCUACGUCCGCAGUUUAGUGGACGGUCGCUAUGUCAUCCUUAAGAAGUCCAGGUUGGGCUUCAACGGCACGCUGUACUGGGAUGCGCAGCGCAAUAUCCAACUGGCUUAUUACAUUCGUCGUUAUCCAGAUGAAGCGAUGCGUGCGCUGUUGCACGAGUGGAGCGUCUCCGCGAAUGUCAACGGGAUACCGCAUUACGUCAUCAUGGAAACCGGUGCCGUAUGUAUCUGUAGUCUGUACCCGAAUACUCCGGUACUUAGCUGUGCAAUCUUAUCGUUAUAAUUAACCGCGAGAAAACGCAGCCGUAACACUGUAAUUAGCACCAUUAGUUUUGCGAUGUUCGGACUUUUCGCACUGCCUGGUGGCAGAUAGUAACAGCCUACAAACAACAGACACUUGCAAAUUUUGGAAACCGUGUUAAUGUUGUCGAUCUACAGUGGACCAUGUAUUACCUCGGCGACGCUUUCCUGCCUGAGUUUCGCCGAAACUUGAGCACCGUAGCUAAGGGACUGUAACGCCCUGCGCAAUCGCACAACGGUCAUCUGGAUACGAACACGUACGUUGUGUAGUUGGUGACACCGUGACUGACCACUUACGACAUCAUUUCCAUGAC